AUGGCCAGAGAUACAGCCAUUGGCAUUGAUCUGGGAACCACCAACAGCUGCGUAGGAGUUUGGCAUUAUGACAGAGUUGAUAUCAUCACAAAUGAACAAGGCAAUAGAACCACUCCAUCCAUUGUUACCUUCACUGACGGGGAGAUACUGGUAGGAGAUGGUGCCAAUAAUCAAAUCUUAUCCAAUCUGCGCAACACAGUCUUCGAUGUGAAAAAAUUUAUGGGCAGAAGAUUUUCUGAUCCUUUAAUUCAAAGAGAUAAAUUAAAUUGGCCUUUCACUAUUGUUCUAGGAUGUAAUGGGAAGCCUGAGAUACAGGUUACCUACAGAGGCGAGUGUAAAAGUCAUCCACCUCAACAAAUCUCAGCCAUGGUGUUGUUUAAAAUGAAAGAGAUUGCCCAGGCAUUCCUUAAUUUUGAGGUAAAGAAGGCUGUAAUUACUGUGCCGGUCUGUUUCAACGAUUCUCAGAGACAAGCUACAAUGGAUGCAGCCCACUUGGCUGGGCUUAAUGUGUUACAGCUUCUGAAUGAGCCAAAUGCUGCAGCCAUAGCUUAUGGGUUAGAUACCAAAAUUAAGUCUUCUCUAGCUGGUACGAAUGUUCUUGUUUUUGAUGUUGGAGGAGGGACUUUUGAUGUUUCUAUCAUUAAUAUCAAAAGAGGUUCAUUUCAUGUGAGAGCAGUUGAAGGGGACACUAAUCUGGGUGGGCAGGAUUUCGAUAAGAGACUGCUAGAUCAUUUCAUCAAGGAAUUCGAGAGGAAGAAUAAAAAGGAUUUGAGUACGAAUGCCAAAGCUAUCCGUAGGCUUCGUAUAGCAUGCGAAAAAGCCAAAAGAAGCCUUUCUUCUGCUUUAGAAACAAUAGUCGAGGUCGAUAGCCUCCAUGAAGGUAGCGAUUUUUAUUCCAAAAUUAGCAGAGCCAAGUUUGAAGAUCUUAAUAAUGAUCUAUUCGACAGAUGCAUUAAUGGUGUGAGACUCUGUUUAGCUGAUGCAGGAAUGCGAGAAAAUGAAAUUGAUAAUGUUGUUAUGGUUGGACAUUCUGCUUGGAUUCCAAAGCUACAGCAAUUGAUGGAGGACUUGUUCGGCCGGGAGAAAUUCUGCAGAAGCAUCAAUCAAGAGGAAGCUGUGGCUUAUGGAGCAGCUGUACAGGCUGCUGUCCUGACUAGUCAAUGUUCAGAUGUAGUUCUCCAAGAUGUCACUCCUUUGAGCUUGGGCGUUGAAGUGGAAGGAGGCAUCAUGAGCGUAAUAAUUCCUAAAAAUACCCCUAUUCCUGUCACGAAAGUACAAACGUUCACCACUUUUCGUGAACUGCUGUGA